CGUGAGCAGCAAUAACAAGGAAGUAGCGCUGUGACGAUGAACGGCGGUCUUUCUGGUUGAGAGAUGCAUAUACCUUAUAUAUAUUUAGUUAUUUUACAGAUCGCAUUAGUUGCGAAAAGCGAUGGAGCGGACCCAAUACAAGCCUUUGUUAUUCCUCACAGUCAUAUGGAUGUCGGCUGGGUGUACACAGUUCAGGAGAGCAUGCACGCUUACGCGGUGAACGUCUACAACAGUGUGGUGGAGGAACUGACCAGGGCGAAGCAUCGCAAGUUCAUCGCGGUGGAGCAGGAGUUUUUCCGCCUCUGGUGGGACUCCGCGGCCACCAAUGAACACAAGAAACAGGUGAGGCAGCUGCUCACAGAGGGCCGUCUGGAGUUCAUCAUAGGUGGUCAGGUCAUGCAUGAUGAGGCUGUCACUGACAUGGUCGAUGACAUCCUGCAGCUUACAGAGGGCCAUGGCUUCCUGUAUGAGACUUUUGGGAUCCGACCCCAGUUCUCAUGGCACGUGGACCCAUUCGGGGCCUCCUCGACCACAGCCGUCCUCUUUGCCCUGGCUGGAUUCAAUGGCCACCUGAUCUCGCGCAUUGACUACGAUCUCAAAGAGACAAUGCAGAGGAACAAGGAGCUGCAGUUUGUUUGGAGGGGUUCGCCCAGUCUAGGAGAGCAGCAAGCGAUCUUCACGCACACCAUGGACCAGUUCAGCUACUGUACCCCCUCUCAGCUUCCUUUCUCUAACAGGUCAGGGUUUUACUGGAAUGGUGUGGCCGUAUUCCCUGAUCCCCCCCAAGAUGGGCAGUACCCCAACAUGAGCCUCCCCGUUGCUAAGGACAACAUCCACUCCUACGCUCUGACUAUGGUGAAGAACAUCCAGCAGAGGGCAGCAUGGUACAGGACCCGGCAUGUUCUAUGGCCCUGGGGCUGUGACAAGCAGUUCUAUAACUCAUCCGUGCAGUUCCAGAACAUGGACCCCUUGCUGGAGUACAUCAACCAACACACGGAGCAGUUUGGAGUGACUGUGCAGUAUGCCACCCUGGGUGAAUACUUCCGAGCUGUUCACCAGUCAGGUCUGACCUGGGAGGUCAGAGGAAACCAGGACUUUCUCCCAUACUCCUCUGAACCUUUUCAGGCUUGGACCGGGUUCUAUGCCUCCCGGAAUGUUCUGAAGGGCAUGGCUCGACGGGCGAGUUCCCAACUGCAUGCUGCAGAGUCCCUAUUUGUGCGAUACUGUGUCGGCUUCCCAGAUGGACCUGUUCCCAAGGAGUGGGCCCUUGAGAAGCUGAGAGACCUCCGAUGGGCCGUCUCAGAGGUUCAGCACCAUGAUGGCAUCACGGGUACAGAAUCCCCCAAGGUUGCUGACAUGUACCUGAAGCAUCUCACAAGCGGCAUGAGAGGAGUUGAGGAAUUAACUAUUAAUCUGCUUUCCCUGACCCAAGACAUUAACUCCUUUGGCUUUACGUACAAGCAAAGCACAGAUUUCACACAGGACCCAGGAGAGCAAAUAGUUGUCUACAAUCCCCUUGCCUGGAAUGUCACCACGUACGUCAACGUCACAGUAACGUUUUCCAUGGCUACCGUGUAUGACGACAAAGGGCAGCUUGUCCCCUCUCAGAUCCAGCAGGCAGCAGAGUCUGUGUCUACAUACGACCUGUUUAUCAUGGUGAGCCUGAGCGGCCUACAGCACAGGAGGUACUUAAUCAGGCCAUCAGCGUCACCCUCAGGACACGAUUCCACACACGCUGCCAGGAUGGUCACCUUCCAGCGGCAGAGCGUGAGCAACAGCCCCCCAAAGAAGACUGGCAGGAGGCUCCUCCCCGUGAUGAAUGAGUGUUACAAGCUGACGGUCGACCAGGACACGAACCUGCUGCACAGCGUCACUGACAUGCAAACAAAGCGGACUGUGAGGCUGACCCAGGACUUCGGGGAGUAUCACGCCAACGGGGACGUCAGCGAGGGGCCCAUCUCCGACAACUAUAUCUUCAGCACCGACGGGACAGCGCAGGCCGCGUACAAAUCUGUGGGGCUGGAAAUCAUUCCAGGGAAGAUUGUGACUGAGAUCAGACAGUAUUUCUACAGAGAGGAGGAGGAGGAGGAUUACGCGUAUGCUGUGUUCACCCGAGUGCCUGUGGGCUUCAAGGGCUUGCUGCCUUGUCAGCGAAUUGAGCAGAGCUAUAGAGUAGGCCCCCUGGUGGUGAACAGGGAGGCUGUCCUGAGGACCGCCACUGACCUCCGCAACAACAAGACCAUCUUCACUGAUGACAAUGGGUACCAGAUGCAGAAGAGGCUGCACAGAACUUUCACCAAUAACACUGUCGCCAGAAACUACUACCCCAUGGUGCGGAUGGCAUACCUGGAGGAUGAGCUCACCAGGCUGGUGUUCCUCAGUGAGCGAGCCCACGGAGUGUCCGGCCAAUCCGAGGGCCAGCUGGAGGUGAUGCUUCACCGGCGACUGUGGAACAACCAGGAGUGGAACCUGGGCUACAACCUCACACUGAACGACACGUCAGUGGUGCAGCCCGUGCUGUGGAUGAUGCUCGGUACAAGGGCUGCCAUGUCUGCACUUUACCAAAAGGGGGCGCAUGCACUCCAGCAUCGCCCUGUAGUCGUGCGCACGUCUUCUCCCAAAAGAGGACAAGUUCCUACAGCAUCCCACAGCAGAAUGUCAGCCUUGCCGGUGGUGCUGCCCCCAAACCUCCAUCUGCUUACCCUAAGCAUCCCAGGGUGGCGUUACAGCUCCAACCACACCAAGCACCUGGAGAGCAUGCAGCAGGGUGAGGACCAGAAGGUGCAGCCAGAAUUUAACCGGGUCCUAAUGAGGAUCAUGCACUUGUUUGAAGUGGGAGAAGACCCGGUUUUGUCCAAACCGGUCACUAUAAACCUGAAGGAGGUCCUUAAGGGCCUGGGGGAGCUAACAUCUGCGGAGGAGCGCUCCCUCACUGGCACGUGGGCCGUGUCUGACAUCAAGCGAUGGAAGUGGAAAACCACAGAAGAUGCAAGCAGCGGUGAAACAAGUGUCGCAGGAGACCAGGCCCGGCAUUCUUUUCGUGGAGGGAGGGAGGAUUUCUCAGUAGCUAUUUCACCAAAGGAAAUUCGGACCUUCUUCGUUAGCUUUAAGUAAUACUCAGCCGAAUGAUUCUUCUGUGAAGGAAAUUUAAGUAGGAUGUUUCUUUUUAAUUAACCAAUUUAAAACAUGUCUUUUCUGACAUUAGCUGUGAUUCAUAUUUGGUUUGAUUCUGAAAUUGUGUUAAAUCACCUUCACCCACAAACUUUUCUGUAUCUUAAUUGGUCAGCCUGUUUAGGGGUAUAUUGUGGCAGUCUAGAUAGCAAGUUUCAAAAGAAAUUGAUUAGUAAUUGAUACUGGCACGGUGAUACAGUGUGAUCCUUCCGCUUAUUUGGUACAGGGGUGUGGUGACCCUUGACCAGCAAUGGCCCGGAAUCCCAUUUAGGGUGCUGCGUGUCUCCAGACCCUCCAUGACCUUGUACUAAUAAGAUGUUUUGAUGGAUGUUAUUUCCACUGUUAAUGCUAAAUGUGUAGUAAUAAGGAAAAAAAAUGGCAUGUGGUCUUUGGGUGGGAAAUAGGAGUCCAAGCUGAAGCCCAGUCAUCAAUCUGUGGAGUUUCUAGAGCUGUAAUAAAGAUCAAGAUAUCUACAGUC